AUGAGGCCUAUAUUGAUGAAAGGGCACGAGAGGCCACUGACAUUUCUGAAAUACAACCGUGACGGCGACCUCCUCUUCUCUUGCGCCAAGGAUCACACGCCCACCGUCUGGUUCGCUGAUAACGGCGAGCGCCUCGGCACUUAUCGCGGCCACAAUGGCGCCGUUUGGUGCUGCGACGUCUCAA